UGCAUUCUGACACGAUGGCGGAGAUGAUUCAUGGAGUGUCGUUCAUUAUUUGUGUUAUUCUGCUGGGAUAUUCUUCAGCGGCAUCCUUUCCCAGGGAAUUUAUGACACAAUACAUCAAAAAGAAUUGUACCUUUCCAUCUUUCAAACUUGUAACAGAAAUGGAUUUGACUCUUUCAAACGUGAACUGUUCAGAUGUCGACACUGUUGCCUUGUGUGACCUGUUAAAAAAAACACAAGACACGGUGUGUAAAUAUCCUGUGGAAUUGAUUAAGGAAGAGGCGACACUAAAAUUGUUUUCAGUCGACGUAUUUUGUAGUAUGUUUGAGCUCGAGGCAAAUACUUCAUGCAAAACCAAGUGUACUGGGAAAGAAGGUCUUUGCAAAUAUCUCUAUCUCUAUUAUGUCGCAAUGGCAAAUGGUCAAGGUAACCCAAAACCUAGUGGAGAAACCAUUGUGACAGGCCUAGCAGAUGGAAAGGAAAACAAAGCAGAUGGACCAACAGUUGGCAGUAUCCCAUCAAUAGCUACCGGUGGAGUUAAAAUUACACCAACAGAUAGAAAGGAAAGCAAAGCAGAUGGACCAACAGUUGCCAGUAUCCCAUCAGCAGGUGAUGGAGGUAAAAUUACACCAACAGAUGGAAAGGGAAACAAAGCAGAUGGACCAACAGUUGGCAGUAUCCCAUCAAUAGCUACCGGUGGAGUUAAAAUUACACCAAGUCCUGUUAGUACAAAAGAGAACAAUACUGGAACAACUAAAAGUACUAUUGGGAGCGCUGGAACAGAUACCUCUAAGCAACCUGAAAUAAAACCUGUUGUAAGCAGUGAUAGCCAUACUGCUAAAAUUGCUGCAACAGCCCUCAAUAUUACAGGAAAGGCUGAGAGUGCUCCACACUUUGGUGGAAUCACUAAAACAGUUUUUAAUACUGGUGGAAAAAAUAGAACCGCUCCCAAUACUCCCACUAGUGGUGGAAAUUCUAGAACAGCUUCAAAUACUGAUAGAAGCGCCACAACAGCCCUCAAUUCUGCCAAUAGUGAUGGAAAUGUUGGAACAGCUCCCACUAUUGGUGUAAAUGCUGGAACAGCUCCCAAUCCUGUCAAUACUGGUGAAAAUGGUGGAACAGGUUCCAAUCCUGUAAAUCCUGGUGAAAAUGGUGGAACAGGUUCCAAUCCUGUCAAUCCUGGUGGAAAUGGUGAAACAGGUUCCAAUCCUGUCAAUACUGGUGGAAAUCCUGGAACAGGUUCCAAUCCUGUCAAUACUGGUGGAAAUGGUGGAACAGGUUCCAAGCCUGUCAAUACUGGUGGAAACGCUGGAACAGCUUUUAAUCCUGUCAAUACUGGUGAAAAUGGUGGAACAGCUCCCAAUCCUGUCAAUACUGGUGGAAAUGGUGGACCAGCUCCCAAUCCUGUCAAUACUGGUGAAAAUGGUGGAACAGCUCUUAAUCCUGUAAAUACUGGUGAAAAUGGUGGAACAGCUCUUAAUCCUGUAAAUACUGGUGAAAAUGGUGGAACAGCUAUUAAUCCUGUCAAUACUGGUGAAAAUGGUGGACCAGCUCCUAAUCCUGUCAAUACUGGUGGAAAUGGUGGAACAGGUUCAAAUCCUGUCAAUACUGGUGGAAAUGGUGGAACAGGUUCAAAUCCUGUCAAUACUGGUGGAAAUGGUGGAACAGGUUCCAAGCCUGUCAAUACUGGUGGAAACGCUGGAACAGCUUUUAAUCCUGUCAAUACUGGUGAAAAUGGCGGAACAGCUCUUAAUCCUGUCAAUACUGGUGAAAAUGGUGGACCAGCUCCUAAUCCUGUCAAUACUGGUGGAAAUGGUGUAACAGCUCCCAAUCCUGUCAAUACUGGUGAAAAUGGUGGAACAGCUAUUAAUCCUGUCAAUACUGGUGAAAAUGGCGGAACAGCUCUUAAUCCUGUCAAUACUGGUGAAAAUGGUGGACCAGCUCCUAAUCCUGUCAAUACUGGUGGAAAUGGUGGAACAGGUUCCAAUCCUGUCAAUCCUGGUGGAAAUGGUGGACCAGCUCCCAAUCAUGUCAAUGCUGGUGGAAAUGGGGGAACAGCUCCCAAUCCUGUCAAUACUGGUGUAAAUGGUGGACCAGCUCCCAAUCCUGUCAAUACUGGUGAAAAUGGUGGACCAGCUCCUAAUCCUGUCAAUACUGGUGGAAAUGGUGUAACAGCUCCCAAUCCUGUCAAUACUGGUGGAAAUGCUGGACCAGCUCCCAAUCCUGUCAAUACUGGAGGAAAUGGUGGAACAGCUCCCAAUCCUGGCAAUACUGGUGGAAAUGCUGGAACAGGAUCCAAUCCUGUCAAUACUGGUGGAAAUGGUGGAACAGCUCUUAAUCCUGUCAAUACUGGUGAAAAUGCUGAAACAGGUGCCAAUUCAGACUCCCCUGACCCCAAAAAAGUGACGCGUACAGAAGUGGUGGAUGAUGAGAAUGAGUCGUCAUCUGGACACUUCGUGGCCUAUUUCCUGACUGCUGUUGUUCUUUAUGUGGCGGGAUAUGUGUUAUUCCACAACAAACAGAAGAUUGUGGCUUUCAUUGUCGAAGGCAGAGGCGGGCGUCGACAAAGGAGACCCAAGACAAGUGACUACAGUAAGCUUCAGCCCAGUGUGGAGGAGGUGAUGCCGUCACUGGAGAAGUCCACCACAGGGAGUAAAUACAUCUACUGAACAUCCUCAGUAGGCUUCAGAUGCUGAGGAGAUGUAGGGGGAGUUGGGGGGGGGUUAAGUUUGAAACUGAAACUGGACAAAGAUAUCUACUUAACAUUUUGGUUUGGGAACUGGGUGAAAUUCCCCACAGUGACUUUACAAAUUUUUCAGUGGGUGAAAGGCUGGGGUUGA